CCCUUGUGCGCAACAAUGCUACCUCCGGUAACCGAACCGAAGAUGAUAUUUCGCGUGUUUAGCUUUUUCUAUUUCCUAUCGCGUCCACUACUCAAGUGGUUCCUGCACCGGUUUACCAAUCUCUGCGAGCUGCAGCGCAUCUGUUACGGCUGUCCACCGGGUGCGACACGCACGAAAAAGGUACAAAACUCACUGGAACUGUCCCGACGAUUACCAAUUAAAAAGUUGCUCCACAUCCUAAACGAGCUGGUUAGCAACGAUGUCGAGGAAACGUUUCUCCGGCGAGAGAUACAAACGCGUGCCAUCGGGACGGUGCUGCAGGUGAAGAAGAUAAACCCGAAGGUGCACAUCGAUUUUCCACGAUCGUUUGGUACGUGCGCGGAAAGAAUAUGGGGCUACAAGCGUCUGUAUUUUAUGGUGGAAAAGUUACGCGCCACACAGUACGACACUGAGGAACCGGAGCACGAGGCUAAGCUGUUGAUGUUGUGGAAGCUGUUGGUGGGGGAUGAGAUGCAGCUGACCGGGCGAAUUACUGAUCAAUGGCAGCACAUCGGAUUUCAGGGCGAUGAUCCUUCCACGGACUUCCGCGGUAUGGGCGUGCUCGGGCUGGACAAUCUGCUGUUUCUGGCACAAAACUAUAACGGCACUGCACGGCAUCUGCUGUCCCAUUCACACCAUCCAAAGCAUGGCUAUUUUUUCGCGAUCGUCGGUAUUAAUCUAACAUCGAUGGCGUACCACCUGCUGAAGUCCGGCUCCGCUCGGACACACUUUUACAACCAUCCACAACAUCACCUUACGGUGGACACGUUUCACCAGUUCUACUGCUAUCUAUUUUACGAGUUCGAUCGUUACUGGGUCGAGUGUAAGCCAAAGAACAUUAUGGACUUUAACCACAUCCAGCGACGGUUUGAGGAAAACGUGCUACAGCUGCUUGCCAACGAUGGAUGCUACUUCAAGAUGAACCUUUCGGUGGAAGAUGUUUAACG